AUGUGUGAACUACAGAAGGCUAAAUAUUCUCAAGACUGGACCUUCUCAAAGGUUGACAAUAUUUUCAUCUUCUCUGCAUCAAAAAAGGAGCACCUCCAACACCUACACAUGGUUCUCCUACGUCUGCAAGAAAAUGGCCUUGUCAUCCAAUAUGGCAAAUGCUCCUUUACCCUCAAGAGGGUAGAAAUUCUUGGGGCACCUUAUAACACCGGAGGGUUAUUGCCACCACCUUUGGCCCCACUCUAUAAAGUCCUCAAGGGCAAGCCCAAGGCCGUCAUCUGGGGACCCUCACAAGAAGCCACCUUCACCUUCACCAAAAAUGCACUUGCCAAGGCCACCACCCUCUCAUUCCCUUCACCAGGUCAUUCUCUACUGCUUUCACUGGACACCAGCGAUGUAGCCAUAAGAGAUAUCUUGGAACAGAUCAUCCAUGGCCAUCCUCGACCCCUCGCUUUUUUUUUGCGCUGCCACUUGUCAGUCAUCGCCAAAUUCAACUGCAUCCUUCAUCCUGUCCCUGGGAAAUACAACUCCAUCGCUGACACCAUCUCCAGAAUCUCCAUUGAUGCAUUACACCUCGGUCUCGAUUACAAGCAGCUGGGGGAUAAGCAACAGCAGGACCCAGAGCUCAAUACCUGCAAGACCUCUUUAGCAUUUCUGUUCUUAGAUGACACGUCUUCGACAUCAUCUACGGUCUGGUACACCCUUCAGGAUGAUCUACAGCCAUCCUCUUAA